GAGGGAGAGGAAUGAGAGUCGGGGCAAGGAUGGGAGAUAUCACAGUGAGGAGGGCACCGAUCGGGAGGUGCUGCAAUGCUUUCAGUUCUGCUCUUUCUCGCCGAGGUCGGGUUGCGGGAGCUGUACAACCGACGCGACGUUCCGCAGCACCGAGUCUGAGCUGUUCUGGUGCCAUGGGUGGGAAGUGCAGCAGGCUGCCCCGGCCGAUGAUGAGGGCGAGUGGCGAGGCGGGGACUCCCGCGCACCGCUGCGCAAGCAGGGCGCCUCACCCCGCCGAAAGUGAAAGUACGGAAGAGGUUGAUGUUCGCCCGACACAGCGGAUAAUCGGGGUCCGCAUCGAGGGAGAGUGGAGGGGUCAUGGUCUCCGCCGGGAGACUGCUGCCGCGCCUCGUACCGCGGGUGGUCGCGCUCUUCGCUCUGCUCCGACUUUCAGAAGAAGGUGACCUGAUUGUGUCAAUGAAUUCAAGAACUGUGGAAGCCGUUGUAAAUAAAGAUGUUCUUCUUGAAUGCCGUGUCUCUGGUUACAAGACCAGUGAAAUUGACCUUAAGAAUGUGGGAGUUCAGUGGUUUUUUGAAAAAUUUGGCUCUUCUACCAGAAAAGAAGUAUAUCAGUUCAAUGGAGGAAAGCAUAGACCAUACAGAAAAGGAGCUGCAGUAUUUGACGAUGAAUUGAAGAAGGGAAUUGCUUCUCUUUUUCUUCCACUUGUGCAAUUUGAUGAAGAGGGGGAUUAUAUAUGUGUUGUUUUUAUCAGCCCAGACAGUGGAAGAGGAAAAUCUUCAAUGACUGUUUCAGCCAUACCACAGGUAACCUUAUCUUCAACCGCCAUCACAAUUGAAAAUGGUACAGAAAAAUCAGUAAAAUGUGACAGUACUGGCUUUUAUCCUUUGGCAAUUGAGAUGAGCUGGUUAAAGAAAUCAAAAGAUGGAGAACAAAAUAUCUUGAAACAUAUCUGCACGGCAUCCCCGGUUAAAAAUAAUGAUGGAACCUACAAUGUUUCUAGCCAUAUGAGGUUACGGCCAUCGCUCAACGACGAUGAUAGUACUUACAUAUGUUUUGUGAGACAUAGAUCACUUAGUAAUGGCAUAAAGUUGACAACCCAUCUGACUGUAAAAGAACCAGAAAUUGUUGUACCAGGGGGAAUAAUAGCUAGCAGUGUAAUUUUUUGUGUACUGAUGUGUUCGCUGAUCAUGGUCAUUGGAUUUUUAAUGUAUUUGAAGUAUUUCAGAAAAGUACCUCCUAAAGUUUCUGAUAUAAGCAAGCCUCCACGCAUUAUACAUUUGGAAGAAACUGUACUGAAUUGUCAGAUAUCUGGAUAUAAGCCUCAAAACAUUUCCAUUUGUUGGUUUCUACAAAGAAAGGGAGAAAAUCAAUAUAUGAUUCACCAGUGCACUUCUCCAUCUGAGAACUUGCAAGCACCUAAGGCGAUUGACCAGCAGAGACUUAUUUCAGAUUAUGAAUCUCCAGUAGAAUCUUUUGCAUUUGAGAUGUCACCUGUCACAAACAGCAGUGAUGGUAGCUCCAGUGUGAAGUGUAAAGUUAUAUUCUACCCUGAUAUUAAUAAAGAUGAUGAAGCUGUCCUUGAACUUCACGUUUUGCAUAGCACUCUUGGAAAGCCUGUUAUUAAGGCCAUCAGAUUGAAAGUUGAAGGAAUCGCACCAAAGAUGACAAAUAUUCUAGUACCCCCUUGCAUCGUUCAUGAAGAAGUGACUGCUUUGUCCUGUCAAAUUGAUGGAUUUAAGCCAAGACCACUGGCUAUCACUUGGUACCAAAAACAGAACAGCAUAUUGAAAAAAAUUAUGAAAUAUGUGCCAGGAUUUCAAGAAUUCAUUGCUGGGAAUGGAAAAGAUCACCCCAAAUAUUCCCACACCCUAAAUGAGCUGCAAUAUGAAGACCAUACUCACAGUAUCAUAAGUGUUCUAGUUUUUACACCAACCAUUCAUGAAGACCAUGACACAGUAUAUAUUUGUGAAGUUGAACAUCAAUCUACAGCUUCAAAAACAUGUAAAGAUGUUAAACUAAAUGUAAAAGCAAUCCCAAAAUGUGAUGAUAUAAAACUCUCACCAGAAAUCCCAAUUGUGGAAGAAUUUGCUUAUGCAUCAUGCAGGAUAUAUUCCUUCUUUCCAAAAAACAUCAAAAUUAUUUGGAAAUUGGAUAACAAAACAUUGAAGGAAAUGAAUGCUGAUUCUGAAGCUAUCUUAGGAAAGGAUGGCCGUUAUAGCUGCACAGGUCGAUUGAAAUUUAUCCCUGAAAGAGAACAUUUUGGGAAGAUAUUAACAUGUGAAUUCCAGCAUGAAAGUAUCAUGGACACCAAAAAAAUUGACUGUAAACUGGUUCAACUGAUAUCUUCUCCAUUAAUGGACAGCAUGGAAAUUGAACCACAAUACCCAGAGCCAGGGAAGGAAACAACAUUCCUAUGUCGUGCAUAUGGCUUCUUUCCAAAGGAUCUCAUGUUCAUGUGGUUCAAAAAUGAUAAGAGGAUUGAUGAUAAAGAAAUCGUUUCGACCAGCCCAGAGAUAGAUAAAAACACCGGCUUCUUCUACAGUGAAAGUCGAUGGAAAUACAUAAUUUCGGUAGAAGAUCAUAAAAUUGAUUUCAAAGUUGAGGCUCUUCAUUUUCCAACUUCUCACAGACCUACAAGGAUUUUUCACACCUUACACCUUGGCGGAAUUCCAAAGGUUUCUGAUGUCAUUCUUGAGCCAGAAAAUCCAUUAUAUGGCCAGCGUCUUGUUCUUAAAUGUAAUGUAACCAAUUUUUCACACAAUGGGAUCUCCACCCACUGGGUAAUCGAUGAAAAACCUGUCUUAAGCGGUGUCAGAAAUAUAGGUCCCAAGAUGGGAAAAGAUGGAUUUUAUCAGUUGUGCUCCUGCCUGGAGUUUACACCAACAGCUUUGCAUUACAAUAAGAAAUUUGUCUUUGAGGUGAAAAAUGGAGUUUCAUCUGAUCCUGUUAAAAAACAGUUUUGUUUACCGCUUCCAGGUUAUUUCCCCACUGUGUCUGAAAUCAAAUGCAACCCAACGCGUCUGGAGGAAAACAAAGUGGCAACUUUCACAGUUUCAUUGACUCAUUAUGUACCUCCAGAAAUUGAAGUGAAGUGGUUCAAAGGAGAACAGCCCUUCACAGGACCUGUGGAUAAUAGUCAACCACAGAUUACUGCAAGUGGUCUUUACUCUUCAACAUCUAGCAUAGAAUUUGCUCCAGGACCAUCUGAUCAGGACUUGGAAGUCAGAUGUGAGAUAUUUCACUCGGAGACAAGCAAAAGAAUAGAACAAAGGUGUCAUUUAACAUUUUGAGAUGCUGCCUGAUCUGUUGACUUUUUCCAGAGACUUUAUCUGAACAAUAUGUAAAGUUGAGCUUAAAUGAAAGCUGUGAACUUUUUUAGGCUGAUUAAAUGAACCUAGAGUAAAAAGUGGAUAUACGUGAUGGUGGCUAUGAAACUACACAACAGCCAUGAAAACUCACCACUAAAAUCUGCUAUCCUUACUCAGUCUGGCUAGUGGAUGUCUCGAGAUCCUCAGCAAUGUGGUUGAUUCAAUUUGAAGAAUUCUCACAAACAGCAUUGACAUUGAUUGCUCAGUUUGUCUAAUGAUAUCAGUGUUGAAUGUUAAAGAUCUUCCAUAGUGCCAAAGCCUGAUAGUAACAAAGAUUAUGAAAGGAGAAACUAAAUGGGAAGUAAAAAUAUCUAAUUUUUCACUGACUUUGAACACUUCAUACAGAACCCAAAAUAAAGAUUGGGACACAAACAGAAGAUGGAAGCUGAAAAUAUCAUGGAAAAGCUGAUUUUUGUUUUUUAUGAAUGUAUGUGGAAAGUUGAAAGAGAUUAAAUUAUACUCAUCAAAGGAGAUGGGUAGCUCAGAAAGCCAUACCCUACAACAUGGAUAAUGUAUUAGAUAGGAAAAAGCUGCCAUGUCAAAUUUCAAGUUCCAUAACUGAAAGGAAUUGUCUAAAGACGAAUUUUUAAAAAUACAACAAAGGGUAGGUUCAAACCACUUCUGAUAUUGACCAGCAAUUGGUCUACUUUCUAGAUCAGUACAGCAAACAAUGUUUUAUAAUCAACAUGUUGGCUGCAUACACCAGCCUUUCAGGGGCAGUAGUGAAAAGAUGGAAAUAACACUCAAAGGAAUGAAAGAAUCAGGCAAUAAACAAACUGCUGGAGGAACCCAGCGAGCUGAGCAGCACCUGUUGGGGGAAAGGAAUUGUUGACGUUUCAGGUCGAAACCCUGCAUCAGGACUGAGUGGAGAGGGGGAAAUAGCCAGUCUAAAGAGGAGAGUGGGGAAUGAUGAAUAGAAGCCAGAGGUGAUUGGUUGGUAGUGGUGGUGGGGAGGGGGGUGGGUUGAAGGAUGAUGGGCAGAUUGUGCCAGGUAGAGGAGGGGAGGGUGGAGUGGGGAGACAUGAUUGAUGGAGGCAGACAAUCAUGGAGGAAGAACUAGGAGCAGGGUGAGAGGGUUGAAGGUGGAGAUGGCUGCUGGAGGGCAAUAAGUGGUAACAGAGACUACCAGUUCUGGAAUCUGAUAAGUCAGGAAGGUGAUAGUGGGAGCCAUUAAGGGAAGAGGUGAAAGGCAGAAGGAACGAAUUCUGGAGGUGGGGGAGGGAGAAAGAAUCGUGCAGUUGGGCCUGAUCCAAUAUUCAAGGAAGGAAAGAAAGUGAAUAAGUGAAUGUCAUGGGCCAAUACUAUAACAAUGACAUGGUUCCUGAGAAGACACAAGAGGAAAAGACCUUGGAUCUAUCACACCUUGAAAUCCUGGGUCUGACCAAAAGCACGACAGUUAAAUUGUUUGGGUUUCUGAUGGGAACUCAAAGGAGAAGGCUGGGGGAAAAUACUGACCUGGAAUCUAUGAAAACUGUAAUGUAUAAAGCCUUAAUAAAACAACUACUAAAAUUCA